UAAUAUCAAGAGCCGUACACGCGUGAAAGCAGUCAUUGUUAAUCUUUUUCGAUAUCGCAGCUCAAUUUUGAAAAUUCGGAGAAGCUAGAGAGGUUUCUGAGAUGGCUCGUACUAAGCAAACCGCUCGUAAGUCUACUGGAGGAAAGGCCCCUAGGAAGCAGCUUGCAACAAAGGCUGCACGUAAGUCUGCCCCAACCACUGGAGGAGUCAAGAAGCCCCAUCGUUACCGUCCUGGAACUGUUGCUCUUCGUGAAAUCCGUAAGUACCAGAAGAGUACUGAGUUGCUGAUCAGGAAGCUCCCUUUCCAGAGGCUCGUUCGUGAGAUUGCCCAAGAUUUCAAGACUGAUCUGCGUUUCCAGAGCCAUGCUGUGCUUGCACUCCAGGAGGCUGCUGAAGCUUACCUUGUGGGUCUCUUUGAGGACACUAACCUCUGCGCCAUUCAUGCCAAGCGUGUCACCAUAAUGCCGAAAGACAUUCAACUUGCUCGCAGGAUCAGGGGAGAGCGUGCUUAAGUGUAAUGGGGAAGCUGGUUGGAUUAUGUGAAUGUGGGGUUUUCUAAAUAGAUAGUUGGAAUUAGAUAAUGGCUUUAAAAGCUUAUGGUUGUAGGUGACUUGAAUACAAUGGUGGUUGGUUUUUUAAUUCUCUAUUUCUUGUCUAUUCGGUUUUAUGAAUUGCUUAUGUUCUUAGCUACGUUUUGUGGUGUGUAUUGCUUUCUUCUUUGGCAAUACUAAAACACCGUUUGUUGUUGAAUUGCAACUCUGAGACAUAUUGAUAUGUUAAAGUUUCUGACUUUUGUUUCA